CACCACGUUUUGGGAGCGAGGGAGCAGGUGGGAAGUGGGAUACCUAUCUCCCCCACUCCAAAGAUCUGUUGAAAAGGAUUCUGACCUCAUCCCUCCUGAGCCAUGUUUCUGCAGGAGCUGGUCCAGCCAUUGGAGAGGGAACGACCCUGGAAGGGAACUUUCCCAGCCAGAGGGGAAGGAGAAGGAACAGUGGGGAAAGGAGAUAGAAGGGAAAAGAGGAGAGAGAGACUGAAAGGGGCAGUGGGAGAAAUAAGUGGGGAGAGAAAUUCCCAGAUCUCUGACCUGCCCAGACACACUUAUUGCAACAUCCCUGGGCAAAUUUACUUUCCUGUGGACAAGGGGCCGGUGACCUUCCAGGAGGUGGCUGUGGAUUUCACCAGGGAAGAGUGGGCUCUGCUGGACCCCGCUCAGAGAGCCCUCUACAGAGCCGUCAUGCAGGAGAACUACGAGAAUGUGACCUCGCUGGGCCGUAGAAUUUCACCCAGUCACUGCUGUACUGAGCUGAAUACCUUGUGUUGGACAAAAUCGUCUUCCAGAAAGGCAUCCGGUCUGGACUUGAAGACUCCAAUAGGGGGAAAAUCUGCCACUUUCAUUGAGUUCCCAGUUGACAGACCCGAUGUGAACUCCCAGCUGGAACGAGGGGAAGAGCCGUUGGUCCUAGAUCACCAGGGCUCAGAGGAAAGAGAGAUCCUGAAAUGUACCUACACUGGUGAUGGGACGGUGAGUGAGAUGAGGGAGCAGAAUUCUAAAGAGGAAGAUACUGAACAAGUGGAACUGCACAGGGCAUCAUCACAAAGAGACAAAGGGAAUGUGCCUGGGAAUUGUGAGCAGGGAGAAGGUUAUGGGCAUCAGCAGAGGCCAGAGCAGCAGCUGGGAAACCAGACAGAGGAAAAAGUGGGUAAAUCCAUUAAUUAUUGGGAAACUCACAAAGAUGUCAAGGGAACCCCAGCCCAGCAGAGAAUCCUCAGGGGAAAGAGAAACAACCCAGGCACUGAGUGUGGGGAAAACAUCAGUAGAUGCUCAGACCUUAUUAACCAUGAGAGAAUCCACACGGGAGAGAAACCCUAUGAAUGCUGUGAGUGUGGGAAAAACUUCACUCAGCGCUCAGCCCUUAUUAGACAUCAAAGAAUCCACAUGGAAGAGAGCCCCUAUGGAUGCUGUGAGUGUGGGAAAAAUUUUUCUGAUAGCUCAUCUCUUAUUCAACAUCAGAGAAUUCACACGGGAGAGAGACCCUAUGAAUGCUGUGAGUGCAGGAAAAGCUUCGCUCAGAGAUCAACCCUUAUGACACAUCAGAGAAUCCACACAGGAGGGCGGCCCUAUGAAUGCUGUGAGUGUGGGAAAAGCUUCACUCAGAGAUCAACCCUUAUUCAACAUCAGAGAAUCCACACAGGGGAGAGACCCUAUGAAUGCUGUGAGUGUGAGAAAAGCUUCACUCAGAGAUCAACCCUUAUUACACAUCAGAGAAUCCACACAGGAGGGCGGCCCUAUCAAUGCUGUGAGUGUGGGAAAAGCUUCACGCAGAGAUCAACCCUUAUUCACCAUCAGAGAAUCCACACGGGGGAGAGACCCUACGAAUGCUGUGAGUGUGGAAAAAACUUCACUAACAGCUCAGCCCUUAUUACACAUCAGAGAAUUCACACAGGAGAGAGGCCCUAUAAAUGCUGUGAGUGCAGGAAAAUCUUCACUAACAGCUCAGCCCUUAUUAAGCAUCAGAGAAUCCACACAGGGGAGCGACCCUAUGAAUGCUGUGAGUGUGGGAAAAGUUUCACUCAGAGCUCAGACCUUCUUAUACAUAAGAGAAUCCACACAGGAGAAAGACCCUAUAAAUGCAGUGACUGUGGGAAAAACUUCACGAAGAGAUCAGUCCUUAUUGCGCAUCAGAGAAUCCACACGGGGGAGAGACCCUAUGAAUGCUGUGAGUGUGGGAAAAGCUUCACUCAGAGCUCUGACCUUAUUAUACAUGAAAGAAUCCACACAGGAGAAAGACCCUAUAAAUGCAGCGAGUGCAGGAAAAGCUUCACUAAGAGCUCCGUUCUUAUUGCACAUCAGAGAAUCCACAUGGGGGAGAGAUUCCAUGAAAGUUGUGAGUGUGGGAAAAGCUUCACUGAUAGAUCAGCCCUUAUUAGACAUCAGAGAAUCCACAAAAGAGAUCACCCCUAUGAAUGCUGUGAGUGUGGGAAAAACUUCACACGUAACUCAGCCCUUAUCAUACAUCAGAGAAUCCACAUGGGUGUGAAACCCUAUGAAUGCUGGGAGUGUGGGAAAAGCUUCCAUCAGAGCUCACACUUUAUUUACCAUCAGCGAAUCUGCAAGGGAAAUAAGCACCAUGAAGACCUUGUCUAGGGUUGUUAAACAUUACUUUUCCCCCUGUAAUACUUUUGCUAAUUCCCACAGAGUGACUUUUAAGGCUAUUUUGUACCUUUGGCUUCACUGUGGUCAUUCAACUCCCCCAGGUGAGUUGCCCACCUCUGACUUUUGCAGUUCACUCUUCUUUUGGGAGAAUCCUGUUGUCUUUUCUAUCUACUCCAUUUUCCUAUGAAUAAUGGGAGUGUGCAUCUCUCCUUCCAGGAAUGUCCUUCAGACACAGGUGGGGAACAGAAGGGUGACCUCAACUAAUUACAUUGAGGGAAAAUAUACUAGGGUCUCAUCUCCACUACGAUUUUCAUGGGAUUAGCCAGCUGGAGGUAGCUGUCCUGAUGUAAAAACGCAACUAUUCUUGCAGUAAAGACAUUGCUGUGUACAGAGGCUGGGAUUAUCUAACAUGUUUCCUCACGACCUGACCUCACCUCCCACACUUUUCCUGAUCUAAACAACCCUGGAGCAUCACAACAAAGCAACUGUUAGAGCCACUGAGACCCGAUUGUCAUAUUUACAAGUGUUCUGAUGUUGCUCAGAGUUGGGAUGAACAGCAAUUAUUUUUGGUACCCUUCUUCUCAUUUAAAAUGGAAUUAAUUAUCACAUGGAGCAGGGGCAGGGGGGAAAGUAUCUGUUCAGCUUCUGUGAUGCCUGAAGGAGAUAGGAUGAGUCGGAGAGAUUCCCUCUUCCCCCAUCAUCCCAUCACUGUUACUCUCUGCCUGAGCCCUGCAAACUUUUAUCUUCUUCCCCAUUCAGCCCUCUGUCAUGCUGUCUAGAACGGCUCACCAACGUGAGUGCCUACCUCAGGGCAGACUGUCAAAAAAGGGCCAGAAACGCUAAACUGGUCUGUGUUCUACAAUUAGACUUCACCAAACCAAUAACAAAUAUGAAUUCCUGGAUCACUAUAACAGUCUUACCACGGAGUCACAGACAGGCCCCUUAGACUCUCCAGUCCCUCUUGCCAUCCAGACAAACUGGACUUAGUGAUAAAUGGUCACUUACACCAAAAAUCACACUGCAAUCAGGCACAGGCGCCGGCUCUGCCUCAGGCCCUGCCCCCACCUGACCCCUUCCCCCAGGCCUCUACCCCCAUCCUGCCUCAUCCCACCCCUGCUCCACCCCAGACCCAGGCCCCGCCCCCGCCCUGCCUUUUCCUGCCCCUCCUCUACCCCCAUCCUGCCUCUUUCUGCCCAGUUCCACCCCCUCCCCUGAGCACACCUUGGCCCUGCUCCUCCCCCCUCCCUCCAGCGCCUCCUGCACACCGCGGAACAGCUGGUCAUGGUUGGCAGAAGGCGCUUAGAGAGAGGGGGAGGAGUUGAUUGGCAGAGCCACCGGCAGAUGGGAAGUGCGAGGGGGAAGAGGGGGAGCUGGCUGCCAGUGGGUGCUGAGCAUCAACUAAUUUUUUUCCAUGGGUGUUCCAGCCCUGGACCUCCCACGGAGUCAGCACUUAUGAACUCAGGUCCCUUCCAGUAUGAAGAGACCAAUCGUUUACCCCAGAUCAAUUGGUAUUCUAAAUCCUACACCAAAGACAACGCUUGUAGGCAGUCCUGUAAGAAACUAUCUAAAGAUUUAUUAACUAGGAAAAAAGAACAAGAGAGUUACUUACUGGUUAAAGCAAGCAAACGUAAACACACAAAUGAGUUACCAUCUAAAUCCUAAGGGUCACAAAGGUGUAGCGAU